CGCGCAGCGCGAUCCUCCUUCCACCCCAGAACUCCGGUCCAGCGCGCUGUAGCCUCGGUCCCAGCGGCGAUGCGCCUUAUUCAAAACAUGUGCACCAUUGCCGAGUACCCCGCCUCGGGCAAUGCCGCUUCCGCCGCCGAUUGCUGCCUGGGGGCUGCGGGUCGCCGGCUCGUCAAGAUCGCCGUGGUUGGGGCUAGCGGCGUGGGCAAGACCGCUCUGGUGGUGCGGUUCCUUACCAAACGUUUCAUCGGUGACUAUGAAAGAAACGCAGGUAAUCUCUAUACCAGACAAGUCCAAAUUGAGGGUGAAACCCUGGCUAUUCAGGUUCAAGACACUCCAGGUAUUCAGGUCCAUGAGAACGGCUUGAGCUGCAGUGAACAGCUAAAUAGGUGCAUUCGCUGGGCCGAUGCUGUGGUGAUCGUUUUCUCCAUCACCGAUUACAAGAGCUAUGAACUCAUUGGCCAGCUCCACCAGCACGUCCAGCAGUUACACCUGGGCACCCGGUUGCCUGUGGUGGUCGUGGCCAACAAAGCUGACCUUUUGCACAUCAAGCAGGUGGACCCUCAGCUCGGACUGCAGCUGGCUGGCAUGCUGGGCUGCUCGUUCUAUGAGGUGUCUGUCAGUGAAAAUUACAAUGAUGUGUACAAUGCUUUCCACGUGCUGUGCAAAGAAGUGAGUCACAAACAGCUGCCCAGCAGCACGCCGGAGAAGCGAAGAACCUCCCUCAUCCCCAGACCCAAGUCACCCAACAUGCAGGACCUGAAGAGGAGGUUCAAGCAAGCCCUCUCUGCCAAAGUGAGGACUGUCACUUCUGUCUGA